UUAAAAUGGAUUUUGAGCGGUUAAAAUUAACAAACACUUCCAUUCAUUCUCCACAUUUCAAAAUUCUCCAAUAAAGUUACCUCAGCUCCAAUUCGAUUUGAUUUGCCGGAUUCUCAAUUUUUUCCGGCGACUUUCCACCGGAAUUUCUCCAUUUCCGAGAUGAAGAAAGUGAAGAGAAAGCUUGGGAAGUAUGAAGUUGGCAGAACUAUUGGUGAAGGGACAUUUGCCAAAGUUAAGUUUGCACGAAACACUGAGACUGGAGAGAAUGUUGCCAUUAAAGUCUUGGCCAAAAGCACCAUUCUUAAGCAUAGAAUGGUUGAACAGAUCGAAAGAGAGAUAUCUGUAAUGAAGAUUGUUAGGCACCCUUGCAUAGUUCGGCUUCAUGAGGUUUUAGCUAGCCAGACAACAAUAUAUAUCAUUCAGGAGUUUGUCGCUGGAGGAGAGCUUUAUGAUAAAAUUCAUCUAGGUAGGCUUUCUGAGGAUGAAGCAAGGAGAUACUUUCAACAACUCAUAGAUGCAAUUGCUCACUGUCACAGCAAGGGUGUUUACCACCGAGAUUUGAAGCCUGAAAAUUUGCUUCUUGAUUUCCAAGAGAACUUAAAAGUUUCUGACUUUGGGCUUAGCGCAUUGCCUCAACAAGGAGUUGAGCUCCUCUAUACCACUUGCGGGACUCCAAAUUAUGUUGCACCUGAGGUGUUAGAUAACCAAGGUUAUGAUGGUGCUGCGGCGGAUGUGUGGUCAUGUGGUAUCAUCCUUUAUGUUUUGAUGGCAGGAUAUCUUCCAUUUGAUGAGGCAGACCUUCCUACCUUGUAUACGAAGAUCAAGGCUGCUGAAUUUUCCUGCCCGUUCUGGUUUUUUCCUGGUGCAACAUCAUUGAUACGAAAAAUUAUUGAUCCAAACCCUCAAACUCGGAUCAAGAUUGAAGGGAUAAAACGAGACCCUUGGUUCCGGAAAAACUACAUAGCUGUUAGAGCUAAAGCAGAUGAAGUAGUGAAUCUUGAUGAUGUGCGUGCUGUGUUCAAUGACAUUGAGGAUGCAUUUGUCAGCGAAAAAUCCGAAGACAGUGAGAGUGGCCCCUGGAUAAUGAAUGCGUUUGAGAUGAUAACACUAUCUCAGGGAUUGAAUCUAUCAGCCUUGUUUGACAGACGUCAGGAUUAUGUCAAGCGUCAAACUCGAUUUGUUUCUCGCGAACCUGCUAAAGUCAUCAUUGAAACUAUUGAAGCAGCCUCAGAAUCGUUGGGUCUUAAGGUCCACACACGCGAUUACAAGACAAGAAUUGAGGGAGUAACGACAAAUAGGGCCGGUCAAUUUGCUGUUGUUUUGGAGGUUUUCCAAGUAGCACCCUCCCUUUUUAUGGUUGAUGUUAGAAAGGCUGCCGGCGACACCCUCGAAUAUCAUAAGUUCUACAAAACCUUCUGCACUAAAAUUGACAACAUCAUUUGGAAACCAAAGGAGGGCCAGGGGUGGCUCAAGACAGGGGCGGAGCCACAGUGCGGCACGGAGGUUCGGACGAACUCAAUAGCUUUUUCAUAGAUCUUGUAUUCAUACUAAAAAAUCUGAAUCGUAUAUAUAAAAAUUUUUGGAAAAAAAAGAGACAAGAAUAUAGCUGAAUGUUUUGGGUGUCAAUAUGUGUGUUUGAACCUUUCGAGUACCCACAACUUCUAAAUCCUAAAUCCGCUACUGCGACUCUGAAUCCGAGGAGAAACUUCUCUUUUCACCCAUGCCUUCGCUCUAAGCUCAAGGGUGAAUUCAAUGAUUCGACAUGGAUUAAUCUGAACUCAAUAUUUUUGAUGCAGAAUAUAAUUUUUUAGUGAAAACA